UCCUAAUUUCACGUGAUUGAACAAAUACUGUAAAUAUUUGGACGUUUCAACAUCUACUCGCUCUUAUCGUUAUUUAUUUAUUCAAUGACUAGUCCUAUGUUAUAUCUGUAAGUGCCAUUGUUUCAAACUUUUCGAUUUAUUUUACGAAUCGGUUUGCAUUAACAUGCAAACAAUAAGACUGAUCACAUUCGAUGUUACAAAUACUCUCAUCAAAUUUAAAUCCUCAGUUGGCUAUGAGUAUUGUAAAAUUGCUGAUCUUUAUGGAAUCAAGUGCAAUAAUGAGAACACAGUUAAAGCCAUUAACUCUAACUUCACAAUUUUGAUGAAACAAUUGAAAAAAGAGUCUCCCUUUUAUGGAGUCACUGAGGGGAUUAACUGUAAUCAAUGGUGGCAUCGAUUGGUGGUUCGCACUUUCUCUGUCAGUGGUAUUGAAAUGUCGCCUGAGAUGGAAUCUAAGUUAAAGUUAACUUCCACUCACCUGUACAAAUUAUUUUCCACCGCUGAGCCUUAUCAAUUGAUAGAUGGAGUUGAAGAUACAUUAAGUGCUCUACAAAAAAAUGGAAGAUCAAUUCAAAUUGGUGUAAUAUCUAACUCUGACGAACGAUUGCCAAAAAUUUUAAGUCAACUAGGAAUAGGUCAUUUUUUUCAAUUUAUUAUUUUACCGCAAUUCAUUCGGGCCGCCAAACCUGAUCCUAAAGUUUUUCAAACAGCCUUAGAUAAAAUUGACUUGAAAGAUCCUAAUCAAGCUCUUCAUAUUGGUGAUGAUUUAGUCAAGGAUUAUCUUGCUGCUAAAAAUUGCAAAUGGAAUGCUUUACUUUUUGGAAAAGAUGAUUCAACUAGCGAUGCCAUCAACCCAAAGCAUAAGAUAAAAACAAUCAAAGAGCUAACUUAUGACUCGAUCGUGGAAAAGUUGAAUUGACAUCGAACAUUAUUGGACUUACGAAGUAUAAUUAUUUUUUUAUUGUGACUGGAUUGAUCAGGAAAUUUCGAUUGGUGUGAAUAAUUAAAUGGACAAAUAUUUAUAUUUUAAUUGUCAACCUUGGAAGGAACAACAGAUUGCCGUAUAUUAUUAAGGUUACAGAUUUGGAUAAAUUCAAGGAAAAUAAAUAAAUAAAUAAGUUUGACUGGAAAGAUCAAUCAAUUUUAACAGUUGAAAUGAUCUUUUGGAUCACAAUUACCAGUUUUUAAAUAUAGCGGGAUGGAAACGUGUUGGACAGUUUAAUAAACCAAGUUUAAUAAUCAAGUCUAUUCCGCCUCGUUACAAUUAGUAUAAAUCUUGGCACAGUCUUCACCACUUCGUCCUCGUCUUACAGCAUCAUAAGUGGAGGUUGAUGGGAUUGAUUUUUGCUGUUGAAGGAGAUAGCUUGAUGCAUACCUGUCAAGAAAGUUAAAAAUAGUAAAGAGACGAGUUCAGAAUAGUUUAUCAACAGACAAAUUGUUGAUUGUUUUUUAAUACUUACCCUCCGACCUGUGAAACUAUGUAACCGAGUUCACGACCUUCUCUGAUGGCAUCCUUGGAGGAUUCACAUAAAUGUCUUUGAGCACAUUGAUCAUCACCAGCAAGUACUGAUUUAACAUAACCACGUAACAUUGUUACUCCAGCAACUGUGGCAUCAUCAACAGCUUCCCUCAGACCACGAGAAGUUGAACUCCUAGCUCUUUGACUGAAUGAAUUACGGAUCAUAUCGAGAGCCUGUCGAUGGAAAAUUAUUUUUAUUUUUCAUUCUGAAAUAUCGUUUAUCCAAUACAUACCUGUACGAGGACGUUCAAUACUUGUCUUGAUGUUGCCGCACUUUCAUCACUAGUGCCGAAUAAUAUUUUAACUACAGUUUUAAAUAGAUUCUUUGUAGUCAUGAAUGAUUGUAUAUCUUUUUUAUCCUGUUCAUAGCGAAGUUUCCUUUCCUCGAAACGAGCUUGACGAGCAGCUACUGAUGUUGAAGAAUUUUCAUCGGAAGCAGAAACAGAUGCUGAAAUAAAGAUGACUGUAAAUACCAACA